AUGGGGGCCUCGCCCGCUGUAGGGCUCCCAAUCAGCGACACGGCAGCUAGACCUAGAGGAGCAAACCACGCAAUCAUCGCAUACUUGCUGGAGCAGGUGCCAGAGUUCGCAAGACUUUCGCAUCUUCGUGAAAUAGGAUGGAAAAGCGCCGAGGGCGAUGAGUUCUUUAGGCGACAGCGGUCUCAGGCGGACCGCGCGACGGACGCCAGCAAAGUCUGGUUCUUCAAAAUGAUGCAGAGGGUCGGAGCCGAGCUCGACCACGCCACGAGCGCAUUCACCAUUGCAGGCGGCGGUAGCCAUGGUGUCGAUCGCGAUGGCGGGCCUCGCACGGUGCUCGACUUCUGCAUGGCGCCCGGCGGUUUCCUCAAGGCCGUCAUCGAUCGCAACCCAGGCGUCCGCGCCAUGGCGUUUACCUUGCCCACCGAGUCUGGUGGACACGAAAUCAUGCUUCCUAGAAAGACCAUGUCCAAUAUCAACAUCCGCUCCAUCGACAUCACCAUGCUCGCUGAGGAUAUGGGCAUCCCAAUCGCCGCACGCAGUAUCGCAGAUGGACACCCAGACGCAGACAAAUUCCUACCUCGCCAUCUGCCGGCCGACUUGCUUGUCGACCUCGCCCUCUGUGACGGCCAGGUGCUACGUACCCAGCCGCGCGCGUCCUAUCGCGAAGCCACGGAGGCCACAAGGCUCGCUUCUGUCCAGCUCGCACUCGGUCUCGAGCAUCUCCGUCCUGGCGGCGCCCUCGUGCUCCUGCUGCACAAGAUCGAGGCCUGGGAUGUGGUUGAGACGCUGUACACGUUCAGUACCUUCUCGGAUGUGCAGGUGUACAAACCGCAGAGGGCACACCAGAAACGUUCUUCUUUCUAUAUGGUGGCCAGGAACGUGAAUAGCCGCUCCGAGGCUGCCAAGGAGGCGGUGCAGAAGUGGAAGCUCUGGUGGAAGACCGCGACAUUCGGCACGGUCGAAGAGCUGCGCGAGCUGCGUGGUCCAAAGCCGGGGGAGGUUGACGAGGUGUUGAAAGACUAUGGCCCGAGACUGAUGGAGUUGGGCUUGCCUGUCUGGAAGACCCAGGCUGACGCGCUUGCUGCAGCACCGUUCUUGAAGAAGUGAAAGCAUUUCGAGAUGGGUCACGAAAGAAACAGAAGUCAUACAUAAGUGUUGCAGAGUCCGAAGGGUCUUCUGAUUAGAUUGGUGUAGCUAGCGUUGUUUGAUUGAUCUGAUUGAUCUGAUUGAUCUGAUUGAUCUGAUUGAUCUGAUU